AUGCGGAGGUGGUUAAAGGGUGAGGACAUCUGGAAAAAAGUGGAAGAUAAAGAGUGGGGAGGAAAGAGGAAGAUAAAGCCCAACAGCAAGUGGAAGGACAACAAGGAAGACGAGAAUCAAAGACAAUCAAAACAGCAAAAAACUAAAAAGGCAACCUGUCCUGCUAAAGAGACUGCAGAUCAAAUGAUUGAAGACUUGAAGAAGGAUCUGAUGGCAAAACAAAAAGUUUUAAAGUCAACAACAGAAUAUGAGGAAUCAUCUGACGAAGACCUGCUGCCCAGGAACUGGAGCAAGGCUCGGCUGCAGAUAAAGGAACUAAUAGCUGAAAACAAGAGGCUUAAAGAAGGCAAUGUAAAAAAGAUAGUGGAAGCAAUGAAAGAGCUUCCAGCAGUCAUGCAGAAGUUAAAAGACAUAACAGAGCAAUUUUCUUGGACCUCAAGCAGUGCAUCAGCCGGAUCAACACCAGUGCGAUCAGAACUGCCAGGUUCUACACCUGCGUCUCCUGAAUUGGAGUCUGUUGACAUGGUGUCUCUUGUGCCAGGCUCUGAUGUCAAAGUCCCCAGACAGAAGCUUAACUCUCUGCAAACUUCAAAUUCAUCAGUUUACAUUGGAGACCUUGCAGUGCUCGUCUACAGCAGGGAAACAUUGUCUUGCUCAAGUUUGACAGGAAGACAGUCAGGAGCACACAAAGAUGUGGAAUCAAAACCUCAACUCGAUGGCACAAAACUCGAUGCUAUUCUUGGCCACGCUCUCUCAAAGUUCCCAGGAAUAAGCGUACAAGAUGUAAGAAGAAUAAUCCAAAAAAAAUGCAACAAUGAAAACUACAAGCAAGCUGCUACUAAAAAGACAUUGGACAUUUAAACUUUGGCAAUAUAAUAUUUCUGCACAAAACCAAAUACUGUAUAUGGUUAAAACCUGCUUCCCUUGUUCUGAAAGGUAUGUGAUUCUUGUGGAAGUUUCACAAUUCAUAUUUUAGUCUUUUUUGAAGUGUUAGUGCUUCCAGACAGGUUUAAAAUGUGCUCUGUGAACUGAAUCUUGGUUUUAAAAACAAUAUCGCAAAUCUUGCAAUUAGAUUUGCAAUAUGUGAGUGUAAAUUUGGAACUGUUCAGUUGAGCUCAAUAAAAUACCGCAAUCAAUAUUUGUCACUUAGGAGCUAGAGGUAUUACUAGGUUAUUUGUAGUACACUUGAAAAUGUAUUUUUGUACACUAACCAGAGGACUAGAAGUUUAUUAUUAGUAUACUAAUAGGAAACCUAAAAGGUUACUUUCAAUAUACUUCAAAGUGUAUUUUCAUAAACUAAAAUGGGCACUAGAGUUUACUGAUGGUAAACUAAUAGUAUACCAAGAUGAUUACUUUCAGUAUACAUUAAAGUGUACUUACAUAAACUAAAAGUAGACUUGAAAUUUAUUAAGAGUAAACUAACAGUAUACCUGGAAGAUUACCUAAAGUAUACUUCAAAGUGUACUUUCAUAAACUUAAAGUGGGCCAAUUUAGUCCCAAGAAGUAUACUUGUUAGUAAACUGCUAGUACAUUUGAAUCAGUGUACUUGGUAAAUAAAAGUACACUUGGGGAAAUACUUUAGUAUACUUAAAAAACAUGUACUUGAGGUAUACUUCUUUUUGGUAAGGGAAAAGACUAAACUGCAAACCGUUUGUCUUUGGGAGGAGGCCUUAUUCUUUUUUCUUUGUUUUCUGAUGGACUGAGAACCAACGAUUAAGGUGCAUACUGCCUCUGACUGUAUCACAGUGUAUAGGCUCAUUGCAUUGAAUUACUUGAAACUGGGGGGGAACAACAAUAUUCUAUUUACUAUUAUUUUCUCAAAAAUGAAUCUACUUAAUCCCCCAUCAGCUUCUAUGCUUUUAAUACCAUCAACUGCCUGCUGUUGUAGUGCCUGGGCCUGUUCCUUAUCGCUGAGAGCUGCAUUAUACCAUAGUACUAAUAUUAAUACAUUGUAAACAUAGCCUACUCUGUUACAUAAGUCUGUUACAAAAAGUCAUGUAUUAAUAAUGUUAAGUAAAUAUUAAUUAAUAGCAUUAGUAUGCUACUCAGUGCAGAAAGAUUUUAUAUUAUACAGUAGAUUAUAUUAUUACAUUAUUAGCCAAUCACUCACCCAGAGGUAAAAGCAGGACUUGACUGUUGAAGUUGGUUGAGAUGGAGCUUUACUUAACUAUUUUGUAUCCAAAUGCAGACAUGCAGCUAUGAUUAUUUUCAUUAUGGAUUAACCAGAUGAUUAUUUUCUCUAACUGGUUUGUAAAACUUCUGAGAAUAGUGAGAUAUGCCAUGGCAGUGCUCUCUACACAAUUAUCAAAAUAGUUCCACAGACAAUGUGAAAAAAUAUUUCGAUGGCACAUUUUAUGUCUCACAUUUACUGUAUUGGAUUAAAGUUAUAAACUGUACACUUACCUUGAGCUGUAAGGAGGGAUGGUGUUCUCCAGGGUUUGUACUUUUGAGGUAUCCAAGCUAAUCCUGUGUUGGUAACUCACAUUUCAUUUAGCGAUCACCCUUGGGAGCCAGGCU